UUCUGUCCUUUCUUUUCCACUCUAGCGGUGACGGUGCAACAGUAAUCGGUCGUCCCAAACCGGGUUCAUCCGACACCAUCACCAACCAAACUGAACAGCGCUCAACCUCCAGCUGAACAACAUGCCUCCCAAAUUCGAUCCCAACGAGGUUAAAAUUGUGUACAUGAGAUGCACUGGAGGAGAAGUUGGUGCCACCUCUGCCCUGGCCCCCAAAAUUGGACCCCUGGGCCUGUCUCCCAAGAAAGUUGGUGACGAUAUUGCCAAGGCUACUGGUGACUGGAAGGGUCUGAGGAUCACUGUGAAGUUGGUUAUCCAGAACAGACAGGCAGUGGUUGAGGUGGUGCCUUCUGCAUCGGCACUGAUCAUCAAGGCUCUGAAGGAGCCCCCCCGUGACAGGAAGAAGGUCAAAAACAUCAAGCACAGUGGAAGUGUGACGUUUGAUGAUAUUUUGGGGAUUGCCCGUGUCAUGAGGCCUCGCUCCAUUUCAAGAGAGAUGUCCGGAACCAUCAAAGAAAUCCUGGGUACAGCUCAGUCUGUCGGCUGUACCAUUGAUGGUCGUCCUCCCCAUGAUGUCAUCGACGACAUUAACAGUGGAAAAAUAGAGUGCCCAUCUGAUUAAAUGCACCAAUAAAAUAUUGGGUGAAACAA